AGAUGUCAACCUUAACCCUUCACUUACUCUCCUCCAUCGUCCUCGUCUCUCUCCUGUAUAAAAACUGCUGAUCAAUCAACUUCUCCUCAAUCAGCGCUCAGACUAGGCAAAUGGGCAGUAUCGAUGUGGAGAGGAAGACCACCGGCUGGGCUGCCGGAGACCCUUCCGGGGCUCUCACAUCUUACACUUAUGAUCUCAGGAGCACAGGUCCUGAGGAUGCUUACAUCAGGGUGCUCUGUUGUGGGAUUUGCCACAGUGACCUUCACCAGAUGAAGAAUGACCUUGGCAUGUCUCACUACCCCAUGGUCCCAGGCCAUGAGGUUGUAGGGGACGUGCUGGAGGUGGGAUCGGAGGUGACCGGCCUGAGAGCCGGGGACCGGGUCGGGGUCGGGGUGCUCGUGGGGUGUUGCCGGAACUGCACGCCGUGCAAAUCCGACAUCGAGCAAUACUGCAGCAAGAAGAUCUGGUCUUACAAUGAUGUUUACACUGAUGGGAAGCCAACCCAAGGUGGCUUUGCCGGUGAGAUGGUCGUUCAUCAGAAGUUCCUAGUGAAAAUACCGGACGGGAUGACCUCAGAGCAGGCGGCACCGCUGCUCUGCGCAGGGGUCACGGUGUACAGUCCGCUGAACCACUUUGGGCUGAAGCAGAGCGGCAUGAGAGGAGGAAUACUGGGGCUGGGUGGGGUCGGGCACAUGGGGGUGAAGAUUGCCAAGGCCAUGGGACACCACGUGACCGUGAUAAGCUCAUCAGACCGGAAGAGAGAGGAGGCGUUGGACCAUCUGGGCGCCGACGCGUACUUGGUGAGCUCGGACGAGACCGGGAUGAAGGAGGCUGCUGAUUCACUGGACUAUAUCAUUGACACGGUGCCUGUGUUUCACCCUCUUGAGCCUUACCUCUCUCUGUUGAAGCUUGAUGGCAAGCUGAUCUUGCUCGGUGUGAUCAACACUCCUCUCCAGUUUCUCACCCCUGUGGUCAUGAUUGGGAGGAAGGUGAUCACGGGGAGUUUCAUAGGGAGCAUGAAGGAGACCAAGGAGAUGCUCGACUUCUGCGAGGAAAAGGGCAUAAGCUCCCAAAUCGAAGUGAUCAAGAUGGAUUACAUCAACACCGCGUUCGAGAGGCUCGAGAAGAACGACGUGAGGUAUAGGUUCGUCGUGGAUGUCGCCGGAAGCAAGCUCGAUUGAGCAUGAUGAAAGCGAAGUUAGAGCUUGACGAUGCUGGUGAAUGUGGAUCAUCACAAGACCCACAAGCCACCAAACGAAAGCUGAAACUUCCGGAAAAGACAACCACUUAGGUUAGCUGUCUUCCGAUAAAAGGAGAGAGGGAGAAGCUACAACUUGAAUGGAAGGGGACUUAUCUUUCAUGUGAUUUGAAGUGUUGGGGCAAGUCUUGCAAAUGUGGCAGAUAAUGGGGAUUUCAAGGUCUUGUGUGGGGUCUUGAAAACGAUGAAUACCUAACAUAUGGUGUGUAAAAGUCAACUCUUUCUUUACUUUUCUUAGGAUUUCAUGUGUUGGACUUUGGAGUGUGGAUUGGGGUGACUUAUCAAAAUAUCUUAUCGCAAUUAUAUCAA